AUGCUACAACAAAACACUGGAAAGGAAUACUGGAAGAGAAGUGGUCAAAUACCAACGUUUGGGAAGUGGGAUUUGGAGAACGAGUUGCCAAUAACUCAGUAUUUUGAAACUGCAAGACAAGGUGGUUAUGGUGAGAGUGAUCUUUACGCUGUUGAUUUUAAGAAACCAGUUAGAAAGUCAACGAGAAUUAAGGAGAGGGAGUACCAGAAUGCUAUGGUUAAUGACAAGUUAGAAACAAGAAUGAGAAAACAUGGGAAAGUGUACCAUGUAACGGAACAACCAAAGCCAGUAGAUGAAGAUCUCUACAAGAUUUCUCCUCAACUUCUUCGAACAACCAAACGGAAGAAAAUGUUGGGUUUCAUUUGCAAGUGUCUGCUACCUGCUGCCUGCGUCUCAUGA